GAAUAUCAGGGCCCAAAACAAGGAAUAGAUCUUAGGUUUAUUCACAUCGGAGCCCCAAACCUCUCCAGAAUCAAAUCUUCACCCAGACGUGCAGCAAUACUGGGUCAGCUUCAACCCUCAACUCCGGUCGGCGCAUGCACCGUCGAUUUCUUUGACGCCGUACGUCGUCCUUUCUCCGUGAGAAAAGAUCCCAGUGCGGCAAAUCUAUAAUUUAGUGAGUUCCUUGAAAGUCAAAACCCCCCCUCCAUGUACUGUACCCAUUCUUGAAGAUUUUAUGCUGCUGGCAUGGAGAUGGCCUCCAAGAAAAUCAUAGCUGUUUGCCAAUCAGGAGGAGAGUUUGUGACCAACAAAGAGGACAGUUCUCUGACAUACAUAGGCGGUGAGGCCUAUGCAUUGGACCUGGAUGAUCAGACCACUUUGGAUGAUUUCAAGAAAGAACUAUCAGACACCUUCCAAUGUGUCACUAAUGGGAUGACAAUAAAGUAUUUCCUCCCCGGGAAUAAGAAAACACUCAUCACUGUCUCCAAAGAUAAGGAUCUGAAGCGCAUGGUCAAUUUCUUUCAGGACUCUGAUCAAGUUGAUGUUUUUAUAAUUCCAGAAGAAGCUGCUAUUCGUAACAUAACCAAUAUGCCUGCCAGCAGGUCGAGCAGGACAACUGUGUCAGAGAACGCCCUGACUCCUCAUACACCUAUGGAUUUGAUCAAUCCUGAUGACCAAAUCAUUGUUGACACUCCCAUUGAUUUGAGCCCCCUAGGCGGUUUCUCUGUUAUAAACGACGAGAGGCACCGAAGGGCUGCUAUGCAGUGGGAGAACACAAUAACUGGUGUCGACCAAAGGUUCAGUAGUUUUGCCGAAUUCCGAGAAGCUUUGCAUAAAUACUCAAUAGCCCAUGGAUUUACAUACAAGUAUAAGAAAAAUGACAGUCAUCGUGUCACUGUGAAAUGCAAGGCAGAAGGUUGCCCUUGGCGCGUAUAUGCAUCAAGGCUGGCUACAACUCAGUUAGUUUGUAUAAAGAAAAUGAAUUCAACUCAUACAUGUGAAGGGGCUGCUGUGAAAGCUGGAUAUCGAGCAACAAGGGGAUGGGUUGGAAAAAUCAUAAAGGAUAAGCUAAAAGUUUCUCCAAAUUAUAAACCAAAGGAUAUCGCCACUGAUAUCAAGCGUGAAUACGGAAUUACACUGAACUAUUCUCAGGCAUGGCGGGCAAAGGAGAUUGCAAGAGAACAACUUCAGGGCUCCUAUAAGGAGGCAUACACUCAGAUACCUCUGUUCUGUCAGAAAAUAAUAGAAACCAAUCCUGGCAGUCUGGCUACAUUUGCCACAAAGGAGGACUCAAGCUUCCAUCAUUUGUUCAUUGCAUUUCAUGCCUCAAUAUCUGGUUUUAAGCAGGGAUGUCGUCCUCUUCUAUUCCUUGAUAGCACUCUUCUCUAUGCAAAAUAUCAAGGAACUCUAUUGGCUGCAAUAGGCUCAGAUGGGAACGAUGGCUUCUUUCCGGUUGCCUUUGCGGUUGUCGAUGAGGAGACCGAUGAUAACUGGCAUUGGUUUCUCUCUGAACUAAAACCCGCAGUCUUAACAACGCAACCUAUAACCUUUGUUUCUGAUUUCCAAAAGGGGAUUAGAGAGUCUUUACAGGAUAUAUUUGGUAAGGAUUGUUACCAUGGAUUUUGCCUUCGAUAUCUGGCUGAGAAGCUAAACAAGGAUCUAAAAGGCCAAUUUUCGCACGAAGCAAGGCGGCUUAUGGUCCAGGAUCUUUAUGCUGCUGCUUAUGCUCUGAAACUCGAGGAAUUUGAUCGUUGUGCUGAGAACAUAAAAGCAAUCUCACCCGAAGCAUAUGAUUGGGUCAUGAGGAGCGAACCAGACCACUGGGCAAAUGCUUUUUUUGCCGGGGCCAGGUAUGACCAGUUGACUUGUAAUUUUGGCCAACCUUUCUAUGAUUGGGUGUCGGAGGUGAACGAGCUGCCAAUAACUCAAAUGGUAGACGUUCUGAGGGGGAAAAUGAUGGAAUUGAUCUAUACACGGCGUGUGGAGUCGAGUCAGUGGGUUGAGAAAUUGACACCUGUCAUUGAACACAAACUUCAGAAUGAGAUAUCAAAGGCACGAUCACUUCAGGUGUUAUUAUCCCAUGGAAGCACUUUUGAGGUUAGGAGUGAAACUGUUGACUCUGUAGACAUUGACCACUGGGAUUGCACUUGUAAAGGGUGGCAGCUUAAUGGGAUACCUUGCUGUCACGCCAUUGCCGUUUUUGAGUGGAUUGGAAGCAGUCCAUAUGAUUAUUGCUCCAGAUACUUCACGACCGAGUGUUACCGGCUGACAUAUUUGGAAUCCAUUAACCCUGUUCCUAAUGUGGAGAAACUGGUAGUUACUGAUGAACAGCAGAUGGUGGUUUUAGUUACCCCCCCGCCAAAUAAAAGGCCACCUGGCCGACCCAAGAUGAAACAAGCUGAUCCUAUGGACAUAAUUAAACGACAGCUCCAGUGUAGCAAGUGCAAGGGGCUAGGCCAUAACAAGAAGACAUGCGAGAAGGUCAACAAGACCAAUUUGGUCAAGGGAGAAGAGCAGACAGACCCACUACUUCUAACAGCAGGCACAACAGAAGAAGUGCCACAAGGAAGUACAUGACCAACAUUGCCUUCUGCAGGUGGCUUUUGUUUUGUGAAUGAUAUAUCUUCCCAUGGAAAUGGUGAUUGAUAUGCAUAGAGAACUUUAGGUUAAUUUAAAGUUGUUUAAUACAAUUCUUUUUUUUUGAGGUAGGGAUGUAAUGGCAACUCUUGUAAUUUUAUUUUUUUGGGAGGUAGGCAUAUAGUAAUAAUAUCAUUUUGUUACAAUUUUCUAGCAUCAUUUUGUCAUUCAUCCAUCCGCUUUACCUGC